CCACGUGACCAUUUCCAACAUGGCGGCGCCCGCGUGCCGUGCGUGGUUGUCAUCAGUCGUGCUCAUAUUUUGAUGCUUCGCGGAGACACAGAGAGUAAAGGUGACGCGUUUAUUUACACUGUUCGUUGCUUAUAGUUGUUGCGUAGUGUGUAGUGUCAAAGAACGUAUGAUUUAAGUUUUGUUCGAGUGAGGUUCUCCAGUUCGACAUAGCUGCUCGAUAACUUCAGCGAGCUGUUGGAUACACGCGCGCGCUUAAAGACUGUGAAGUCGUUCUACAUUUACUGCCGGAUUAUUUAAUGUAUUUGUAGAAAAAUGAAGACAAAUAAGAUGAGGCCGAAAAACAGUAGUGUGUCGUCUGGGCCGAAGAGAAAGGCCAAAAGGAGCAUCCACGCGAAAGGCCAGUGGAAAGCUGUGGAGCUCGACCCCAGUCUCUUCUCCGAGGAGGGCAUGGAGGGUCUGGUGUGUUUCGAAGAGCUGACAAACUACCGUCUGGUCGACUCUGAGAAGGCUGCGGCCAACGCGGAGAAAGAGCUGAAGAAGAAGGAGAAGAGAAAGAGCAAGGCAAAGAAGAGAAAAGCCGGCGAGCAAGAGGAGGGUGGAGGCUGCCCUGAUGUGGAGGGCAAAGAGGGAGAGGAAGCAACUGAGCCAGCCAAGAAGAAAGCCAAAAAUAAGAAGAAAACUAAGAAACAGAUUGCAAAGGAGUCCGCCCAGCAAGACGACAUUCCUGCACUGGUGACGGGGAAAGAUGAAGCUGCCAAAGAGGAGGCAGGAGAAGAAGAAACGGCUAAAGAAGACACCGAACCUAUGGUCCAAGCAAAUGCUGCAGCAAAGAAGAGCAACAAAAAGAAGAAAAAGAAACCAAAGCAGCAGAUAGAGAUGGGCACAGAGGAACAGCCAGACGUGGAGCCGACGUCAGAGCUUCCGCCUCUGGAGGAAGAAGAGUCCCCUCAAGAAAAAGCGACAAAACCCCCGAAAAAGCAAACGAGGAACUGGACAAAUGCGGCACUUUCUGCCUCUAUUGACAAAAAUACUGAUGUGGGUGCGUGGGAUAACCUGUUUGUUCCCUCCCCUGUGCUAAAGGCACUGAGCAACCUUGGGUUCGGAUCACCCACGCCGAUUCAAGCCCUGACGUUGCCUCCAGCUAUCAGGGAUCAUAUGGAUAUACUGGGGGCCGCUGAGACAGGAAGUGGUAAGACACUUGCUUUUGGCAUCCCAAUGAUCCAUGCCAUCCUGGAAUGGAAAAAGGGCCCCGAUAAGUCUGUCGAUGAGGACCAGAAACCAGCUGCACAGGUGGAGAGUUUGUAUUUACCAUCAGUAACGUCAGAAAAUGAUGCUGAGUCCAUAAUGGAGGAGGAGGAGCGCAAGGACAACGUGGAGGCUGAGGAAGAAGAGGACGACGAUGUCGAAGAGCAGAGCCAAGAGGGCUCGGAUGAAGGCAUCAGUGAGGGUGAUGAGAGCGGCGGUGAAGAUGAGGAUGAAAGACUUGGAUGCAUUCAAGUAAUCAAAGAUGUAGAGUUUGACUUUGACCCCACAGCUGGAGCCGAAGAAAAGAGUCAGAGUCAGCCUCUGCUCGGACUGGUUCUAACUCCGACCAGGGAGCUGGCGGUCCAGGUCAAACAUCACAUUGACGCCAUCGCAAAAUUCACAGGUAUCAAAACGGCGAUAGUGGUGGGUGGAAUGGCACAAGAGAAACAGCGGAGGAUGCUGAAACGCAGGCCAGAGAUCGUUAUUGCGACUCCGGGACGUCUGUGGGAUUUGGUCAAGGAGAAGCAUCCGCAUCUGUUGAACCUCAGACAGCUCAGGUGUCUGGUCAUCGACGAAGCCGAUCGCAUGGUAGAAAGAGGCCACUUUGCCGAGCUGGACAAUCUGCUGGAGAUGCUGAACACCGUGCACUUUAAUCCGGCACGGCAAACCUUUGUGUUCUCUGCCACGCUGACCAUGGCUCACAGCCUGCCCACCCGCUUCCUGCAGAAGAAGAAGAAGAACCUGGACCAGAGGAGCAAGCUGGAUAUUCUCAUGGAGAGAGUGGGGAUCAAGUCCAAACCCAAGAUUGUCGACCUCACCAGGAAGGAGGCAACGGUGGAGACACUGACCGAGACACGGAUCCACUGUCAGAAAGAGGAGAAGGACUUCUACCUUUAUUACUUCUUGCUGCAGUACCCUGGGCGCACCAUGGUGUUUGCCAACAGCAUAGACUGUAUCAAGAGGCUGAACUCCCUGCUAGUCAUCUUGGACAGCACCCCGUUGCCGCUACACGCCAACAUGCACCAGAAACAACGCCUCAAAAACCUGGAAAGGUUUGCUGAGAGGGAGAGUUGUGUUCUGCUGACCACUGAUGUAGCUGCCAGAGGACUGGAUAUUCCCAAUGUUGAACAUGUGAUUCACUACCAGGUUCCUAGGACAUCUGAGACUUAUGUCCAUCGGAGUGGCAGAACAGCGCGAGCCACUAAAGAGGGUCUAAGUUUGCUGAUAAUCGGCCCAGACGACAUGAUAAACUUCAGAAAGAUCUACAACACUCUUGGGAAGGACGAGGACCUACCAAUGUUCCCCAUAGAGACCAAAUGCAUGGAAGCCAUCAAGGAGCGAGUCAACUUGGCCAGGAAGAUAGAAAAGAUUGAGUUCCACAACAGCAGGGAGAAGCAGCACAACUCGUGGUUCAAACAAGCUGCAGAGGCCCUGGAGGUGGACCUGGACGAUGAUGUUUUAAUUGGCAGAGCAAGAGACGAGGUAGCUGACGGAGAGCAGCAGAAGAUGGUGAAGGGCAUGAAAAAACAUUUGAAGCAUUUGGUCUCCCAGCCAGUGUUCAAGAGAGGAGAAAAGACCAAGUACCCCACUCAAAUGGGAAAGCUCGCCCUGCCACACAUGCCUUAUGUGGGGAUGAAAAGUGCCCUAACCAGGGUGUCAAUGCAGCAAGAGAAGCAGAAGUUAAAGAAACAUGUUCUGCCACCACAGGGCAAAAAGAAGCAGAAAAAGGAGAGGAAGCAGCAGUGAUAUGUUAUAAGAAACGUGUAUUUAAAAAGUUAAUAUUUGACAGAAUUUAACUGUUAACUACAUAAAUGUAAUUUAACAUGACAAACAGUAGUCAAUUCAAAUAAUAACUGCACAGUGUGCAAUAGUUGUAUUUCCAGAUGCUUUUUGAAUUUCUGUAAACUGCAAGAUUUUAUAAAAAUCUGUUUUUCACAAGUG